CUCAAGAUUGGCAUAAUUCGUUGGCCAUCACUUCCAAAGUGCGCGAGAUGGCGGUAUCGUUCAAUCGCGGCCCCCUGAUGCUCUAUGAUACUCCAUGAUGCUCAGGGGUAGUUCCGUCGCGACACGAUCGAUGUCCCAAACCGAAGCCACGAGCGAGGCUGUUUUGCUCACCUCCCAUGCGCGAUCACCUUGCACGACCGGACCGAACCAUCGAUACUGGAUCUUCGAAAUCCAUUCCUCAGACUUGUUGGACAACAAGUUUGUUGUCCGUUGAGUCGAGCGCCAUCGGUCGCUUUGUCCGUCGGCGGAUCAAGCACGAACUGAAGAAGAGCCCUCAGAGCUGCAAGAUCGGAAUAUACCUACACAUCGAACAGAGUCGAGAGAUACGCUUGGUAAUCAAGCAUGUGUCUGGAGACUCUGUCUCUGUCCAGAUCAGAUACCCCAGAGUGGCUUCCUUCUCGAAGGAACAAGGAACAUCUCAUCUCGACCAGAUGUCUACUGGCUACUCAAUCAGCUGCAGCAUAUUUCGUUGGUUGAGUCCAAGUUCCCUGGGAGCGAGUAUCUCUUUUUGCUUUCGCUGGAUAAUAAGACCAUCAUCAAAACAAUCCUGCCUCCUGAUCAUUUGGUUUGGUGGUUGGCCUGUAUUCGGAGUACUCGCUCACGUUGCGGUUUCUCUUGCCCCAUAGUCAUAUUGUCUGUUAUCACACACUCACCGUUCAGCAUGCCCCCCCUUCUUGACAGCAAGUUUGUCAUUCGGUCGCGGCUUGCUCCAAAUCCCUAAGGUCAACCCAGUUUCUUAAUCGGACCCGCAAAGAGACACACACAGGUAUAUCGUGAGGUGCGAGAGGGAGAGGAUGGUGACAAGUUUGCAAUAUCCGCGAUUUCUCGAAAACACAUUUCCGCCCUCUAGAAGGUUUCCGCUCGAUAUCCGACAGCGUUCGAGCCGGAUCGUUGGCUUGGCUUCCAGAUUCAAGGAGAGGAUUCAAGCCACUCGCUUGGCAGAUCGUGCUUGAGAUGCAGUCUGCCGGUUGUUCAUUGGAUAGUUUUGUCCUUGCCCUCGUCGACAGCACGCUCUCUCGCCUGAUCGCAAAGAGGUGAAUGAUCUGCUGC